UCACCACACUCGGUAGGAAACAGUGAGCAGGCGUCAAUGUGAUCGUCAUCCGUUAUUUGGAAUCCACAGGCCCCAUCGGGGAAGCCGGGGUGCAAUUAAAAACCGACGUGGAGCCGUGCCAGUCCAAUCCGCGAAUUUGGUUUUGUUCGGAUCGGGGAACACAGUGAUCUCACCCCCUGCACCGAGCUGACAUCUUAACCGAGAUCUAGGUCACGCUUCAUUAUCGCCAUGUGCUCCUUGACAGCAUCCUGCGCUCUGCUGUGCCUGCUGGUGGGUGUCGUGGCAACCAUUCAGAUCCCAGAGACAGUGUUCCUGGACAAGCAGCAUGCCAGCGCACUCAUCUCCCGCCCAAAGAGAGCCAUCGAUGGUAGCGUCCAGUCUCAGCCUUCCAACUUAGAGAAGGAGUGCAUGGAGAAGGUCUGCAGCUAUGAGGAGGCCAGGAGGUUCUUCCAGGACUCGUAUCGCACGGAUAUCUUCUGGUCUGUCUACAUUGAUGGAGACCAGUGUGCAGAGCAGCCCUGCAAGAAUGGAGCCAUGUGUUCCGACAGCGUGGGCGGCUAUGACUGCGUCUGCAAGUCGGGCUUCACGGGGAUCCACUGUGAAACAGAUGAAACGGUGUGCACGCUGGAUAAGGUCAAAGGCUGUUCGCAGUUCUGUAAACCAGGCUACUUGUCCUACGAGUGUUCCUGCGCACGUGGGUGGAAACUCGACCACGGGAACAAGAAUAAGUGUGUGCCGAGGGUGCCGUUCCCAUGUGGUGAGGUGCACAGUUUGAUUAAUUGGGACAACCGACAGUUGACCAACGUCCACAACAACUACGAGGGUCUUAGCUGUGGCUUGAUGGAGUGUCCCUGGCAGGCUCUGCUGAGGACUUCAGAAUCUGUGGGUUUCUGUAGUGGAGUCAUUCUGAAGGAGAAUUUGGUCUUGACCACAGCUCAGUGUGCCAACAAAUACCACACGUUCCAUGUGGCUGUUGGUAAGCGUUUGACCACCGUUGAAAAUGAAGAGCGGACGCUGCAUGUAAAAAUAGUCCACGUCCACCCACGCUACGUGGAAGGUCAUGCUGAAAAUGACUUGGCGGUGAUCGAGCUCCGUGACCGCAUCAUCUUUAAGAAAACCGAAAUUGCCGUCUGUCUCCCAGAACGGGACUUUGCUGAAAGUGUGCUGAUGACUGGAGAGUUCCCAGCUGUGGUCACCGGCUGGAAAAGCAAGAACAACGCCAUGGAACUGCAGGGCUCACUCACCCUUAACCACCUGGCAUACAGUCACCUACCUCAGUGUCUGGAGACGCACGGCAUCAUGAUGACCAAUAAAAUGGGCUGCACUUCUGCUCGCACCAAUGCUGACUGCACUAUGGGCUCUGGCAGCCCCCUGGUCACCCUGUAUAGGGAGGUGUUCUUCCUCACUGGGGUGAUCAGCCAACCACCGGGGGCUGACUGCAACAAAGGCUACAUUUUUCAGAAGGUGUCGCGCUUCCUUGGCUGGCUUCAGUCACUCAUGGACUCUCGGUAGAUCAGAGAGUCGGGUGGGGGCACAGACCAUAUAGUGAAUACAGACCGGUGACAAAUCAAACCCAAAAUGAAGUGUCUUAGAAAGAGGCCACUCAAACAUUUCCCCACAGAACUCAGACUAACUUCAUUUGUGGCAAUGCUUCAUUUGAAGGAAGCAACGUUUAGCCAGGUCAGAGAUUGGUUUCUUAUUUAUGGCGUCUUUCAGCACUCACUUUAUAGCUCCAUUACCUCCACCAACAGGAUUAUGAUUUUGUUUGUGUUUGUAUGGUUUUCAGCAGAAUAUCUCAAAAAGUCUUGAAAAGAUUUAAAUGCAAUUUGGUGAAGAGG